AUGACAAAAACAAUUGGAAAUAUAUUUCAUGGUUUGACUGUCCUCCUCAACCCAACAAGCAAUCAGAUUCAGAGCUCUCUCUUCAAUCUGUUUCUGUAUCAAUUCAUGGCUGCUGCUUCUGCAACAACAGAUAAGAAGAAGGUUAGUACUUCUUCACACAUACCUGACGAUCUUACUUUCUCAAUUCUCUCCAAAUUGCCUCUUAAAUCUCUCACACGUUUCACUUGUGCUCAAAAAUCAUGGUCUCUUUUGUUCCAAAACUCUAUUUUCAUGAACAUGUUCCGCACCAAUUUCUUACUAUCCAAACAUGAUGAGGACGACGAAAACACGUGUGUCCUCCUAAAGCAAAUGGAAGGCAGGCGCCCCUACCACACCUCACUGUACACGCUUUCCGGUGAGAAGUUUGAGAAUAGUGUCAGAUUAGACUUGCCAACACCUCUUCUUGAGAAUGACUCAUUUAUUCGUAUUCUGUGUUCUGCCGGUAUUAAUGGCGUUCUUUGUCUCUAUAAUGACAGCCUUAAUGCCAACAAAACCAUUGUAUUGUGGAAUCCAGCCACCGAGGAAUUUAAGGUUGUUCCUCAUAGCCAUCAGCCGUAUGAGAACAUUGAGUUUAAUCCUCGUCCCUUCGCAUUUGGUUAUGACCCUGUUACAAAUGAUUAUAAGGUGAUUAGGGUGGCUAAUUAUCACAUAUACUUUGAAGAUAAUUGGAUAUAUUUGCCUCGCAAGGAGAGCCUUUUAUGGAGGAAGGAUGACCCUUUAUGGAAGCAAUAUAUGUUCUAUGAUAGCCAUUUCUGGGAAGGGCAUGAAUUACAGGUCUAUGAACCAUUCUUGGAGAUAUAUAGCCUCAGAAGUAACUCUUGGAGGAAACUCGAUAUGGAUUUGUCUGUUUUUUUGCAUGGUCGUUGCAUGAUGAACUUGAAUGAAUUGUGUCAUUGGCAGGUAAACGAUCAAAUGGCAUCGUUUGACUUUACCAAUGAGAUAUUCUUUGAAACAACCUUACCCUCAUUUGACUUGAAAGAUGGAAUGAGCACGAAAAAGGACUUGGCGGUGUUACAUGGAUCUGUGGCUUUCAUCCAUAAUGUCGUCAACACCGGUUAUUUGCACAUAUGGAUUUUGGGUGAGCUUGCUGUGAAUGAAUCAUGGACUAAACUCUUUGUUCUUGGCCCUGUACCUUGCAUUGGUCGUCCUAUCGGGGUAAGAAUAAAGAGCGUUAUGUUCUACCUAAAAGAAGAUGAGGAGUUAGCCUGGAUUGAUUUAAGUACCCAAAGGAUUGAGGAAAUUGGGGUUAAAGCAGAGUCACCAGCUUGGUUGCAGAUCGUAACUUAUAAGGAAAAUCUUCUUUCUUUUGUAGGAAUGAAUAACUAA